AUGUGGAUAUUUUUUUAUUUUUAUUUGGCAUUAUUUUUGCCUUUCUCCCAAGCUUGCAGUAGUUUUUUUUCAAGAAUUUUUGAAAAUCAAGAUCUAUAUUCAAGGUAUCCUUCUCUUAUUAAGAUUAAUGUUAGUGAAUAUCCUUUAAUAAGGAGAGAUGAAAAUGUUGUAGAAAAUAUUCAUGGAAACAAAAUACUUGAUCCAUAUAGAUAUUUAGAAAAUUUACAAAAUAAUGAGACUACUAAUUUUAUAAUUGAACUUAAUAAGUUGUCAAAAAAAUAUUUAGAAAGACCAAGAUAUAAAAAUGUUAUUAAAGAUAAGAUUGUGGAGUAUAGUAAUUUUGAACAUUAUGGUGCAUUUGCUAAGUAUGGUGAUUAUUAUUAUUAUCGUCAUAAUUCUGGAAAUCAAGAUAACGAUUCAUUUUAUCGGAAGAAAAAUUUAAAUGAUAGAGGAAAACUUUUUUUGGAUGCUUCAAAAAUCGCUAACAAUAAUUUUACUACUUUAAAUUAUAAAGGAUUCAGUAGUGAUGGUUCAAUAAUGAUUUAUGAAGAAUCUAUCAAUAAUAGUGACUCAAAAACAAUCAAAUUUAAAAAUGUUAAUGGAAAAGAGUUAAGUGAUGUUUUAACAAAUGUAGUAAUAUCUAAUUUAGCCUUUAUUUUUAAUAAUAAAGGAUUUAUUUAUUCAUCAUUUCCUGAUAACAAUAAAAAUGAUGGAAAAAAUACAAUGUCAAAAAAUGAAUAUCAUUCAUUAUAUUAUCAUAAAAUGGGAACAUCUCAGAAAGAAGAUAUAAUAAUAGUAGAUUUUCCUUAUGAUAAAAAUAUGUACACUCUUGGAUAUACAUCUGAUGAUGGAAAAAUUUUAUUUGUAAACUUUAAUAAAGGACCAAAUUUAGGAAAUAUGGUUUAUUACUAUAACUUAAGUACUAUUGAUGAAAAUGAUUUGACGGAAAAGUUAAGCCUGAAACCAUUAUUUGAAAUAGCUGAUGCUAAUUAUGAAAUUAUUGAUUAUUAUGGCAAUAAUAUUAUUGUUUUAACAGAUAAAAAUGCUCCAAUCAAAAAAGUUGUGUCUGUUAACUUUGAAGAUGCAUAUAAAGGUGAAACUGCAUGGAAAACAUUAAUCAAAGAAGUUAAGAAUAGAAAUAUUCUUACAAUAACACUUAUUGGUCAAGAAUUUAUUCUACUAAAUUGUUUAGAAGAUGUAAAAAGUUCUUUAUACGUUUAUAAUAAAAUGACUGGAGAGUUAAUUAAAAAAAUUAAUAUUGAACCAGGUAUUAUAAAAGAAAUUUAUGGAAAUAAAAAAAGUAAUGAAUUUUUUAUAAGUCUUACAAGUCCAAUAUCACCAUCUAUUGUUUAUAGAGGAUUUAUAAAUGUUACAACAAUACCUAUAACAAUUGAAUUAAAAAAAAUUCCAGAAACAAUUCCAAAAAUUAUAGAUGUUAAUGAAUUUGUUGUAAAUCAAAUUUUUUAUAAUUCAAAAGAUAAAAAAAAUGUUUCAAUGUUUCUUUUUCAUAAAAAAAAUAUUAAGCUAGAUGGAAACAAUCCUGUAUUAUUAGAAGGAUAUGGUGGAUUUGGAUAUCUUAAAACUCCAAUAUUUUCACCAUCUAAAAUUAUGUUUGUAAAACAUUUUAAUGGAAUUUCUUGUAUUGCUAAUGUUCGUGGUGGAGGAGAAUAUGGUAAAGAAUGGCAUUUUGAUGGUAUGCUUCAUAAAAAACAAAAUAGUUUUGAUGAUUUUAUUAGUGCUGCUGAGUAUUUAAUUUCAAAUAACUAUACAAAUCCAUCAAAAUUAGCUAUUAGAGGUGUAUCUAAUGGUGGUUUAUUAGCAGCAGUUGUUUUACAACAACGUCCAGAUCUUCUUGGAUCAGUUAUUAUUAAAUCUGGUAUUUUAGAUAUGUUACGUUUUCAUAAAUUUACAUCUAAUAAUGAAUGGACUGCAGAAUAUGGAGAUCCUGAAAUCAAAGAAGAUUUUAAUUAUCUAAUGAAAUAUUCUCCAUUGCAUAAUUUGAAACUACCUUCAAAUUCAUCACAAUGGCCAUCUAUAUUUCUUCAUAUAGGUAAAAAAGAUGAGAAAGUAACUCCAGUACAUACAUUAAAAUAUAUUGCUCAACUUUAUUAUGUCCUUCAACAAGCAAAUAGAUAUCAAACAAAUCCAAUAUUGGCAGAUAUUGAAGAAACUACUGAACAUAAUAAAACAAAUUUAAUUAACAAAGAUAUGGAUAUCACUGCCAAGGAAUAUCUCUUUCUCCAACAAACUUUAAAUUUAAGAUGGAGGAAUGAAAAUUAA